CUGCUGUCUUCUCAGCCAGCUAUAGCUAGCUAAUACUUCUUGAAAGUGAAGUGGUUAACGGAAGCCCUGACAGCUGAUCGUGUUAUAAACAGAUUAUAAACCUUUAAUAAUGGCGGCUGACUGGGAGGAAAUUCGUCGGCUUGCCGCUGACUUCCAGAGAGCGCAGUUUACUGACACAGUGCAAAGGCUGUCGGAGAGAAACUGCAUUGAAAUCAUUGCAAAACUGGUUCAGGACAAGAAGCUGGAUGUGGUGCACACACUUGAUGGAAAGGAGUAUAUCACCCCAGCACAGAUCAGGAGGGAGAUCCAAGAUGAGCUCUACGUGCAUGGAGGUCGAAUCAACAUCGUGGACCUCCAGCAGAUUAUCAAUGUGGACUGGGUCCAUGUUGAAAACAGAGCAAGUGACAUUGCAAAGUCUGAUAAAGGCGUUCAGCUGGUACUGGGACAACUUAUUGAUGACACGUACCUGGACCGUUUAGCCGAGGAGGUGAAUGACAAACUGCAGGAGGCCGGUCUGAUCAGUAUCGCAGAGCUGUGCAAAAGCUACGACCUCCCAGGAGAUUUCUUAACUGAGGAGUUGUCGAAGCGUCUUGGGAAGCUUAUCCAAGGAGAAAUGGACCAGUACAACAGGGGAGUCAUAUUUACUCCAGCUUUCGUUGCUCGACACAAAGCCAGAAUACGAGGCCUUUUCAGCGCCAUCACAAGGCCAACACCUGUCAGCAGCAUGAUCGGAGCUUUUGGAUUUCAGGAACAUCUUCUGUAUUCUGUCCUGGAGGAGCUGGUGAACACUGGACGCCUCAAAGGAAGUGUGGUCGGAGGGCGACAGGACAAAGCAGUGUACAUCCCCGAUAUUUACUCCAAAACACAGAACUCCUGGGUGGACUCUUUCCUCCAGCAGAAUGGGUAUUUAGAGUUCGAUGCGUUGGUCAGGCUGGGGAUCCCCGACCCCCCCAGCUACAUAAGGAAACGCUUUAAAUCCAACAAGCUGCUGUUCCUCAGAGCAGCCUGCGUGGGUCAGGCGCUGGUGGACCAGGUGGAGGCCUCUGUGGAGGAGGCUGUCAACUCCGCCACAUGGACUGACAUACAGCCGAUUCUGCCCAGCUGCCUGUCGAUGGAGGACGUUGGGAUGUUGAUCAACCAGGCGAUGAGGAACACUGGCGUCCAGUCCUCGGCCAGGCUGCUGGGAGGCACAGUCGUCGUCAGUGAGAAGUUCAUCAGCAGCUGCCUGUCGUUGUUUGAUGAGGCCAUGCAGCAGAAAGCCCAGAAGGAAGUGAAGAACAAUCCCGUGUUUCUGAUCACUGAAGAUGAUUUGAAGCAGGCGUCCGCGCUGACAGACAGCUCGUCACUCUCGAAAAAGGAAAAGAGAGAAGCUGAGCGCAGGAAGAAGGCUACAGAGGGAAGUGGCAGUGUGAGAGCAGGCGGAGGAGGCAACGCCAGGGAAAUCCGGAUUCGCAAAACCAAGAAGAAAGGCAGAAAAGACGAGGACAGCGAUGAGGAAACCGGACCUUCGCAGCAAAAUCGCGGCAAACAGACUGAAGCCCCCUUUAUGGCCCAGGAGGAGAUCGUGGCUGUUUUAGAGGCGAGAGUGAGCGACUGCCCUGAAGAAAUCCUCUCUGAGCUGGCGGAGCAUUUAGUAAGGCCUCUGACGAAAGCCUAUCAGGAGGUGCUGCGGACGGUGUUCAUGUCCUCCACCAGCUCUCCAUCGGGGGCCAACAAGAAGAGGAGCAUGAAGGAGCUGCAGGAGGAGAUCACCAACCUGUACAACAACAUCCGACUCUUUGAAAAAAGCACCAAGUUCUUCUCGGAUGAAACCCAGGUCCACAUUGCCAAGCACGUCCUGAAGACGGUGUGCACCGACGUCGCCAACAUCCUGGUGAACUUCCUGGCUGCUGACCUGAUGAUGUCUGUGGAGAACCCCAGCUCCAUCACCAACGAGGUCAGAGUGAAGAUUCUGGGCAAACUGUCCGAGGAGACCAAAGGGCCUCUCAUGAAGCUGCACAACUGCCUGAAUGGAAAAAACAUUGAAGACUUUCUGACCAACAUAGAGAUCUGUGCUGAAGUGUGUGGAUUCAUGCUGAAGAAGGGAGACAAGAAGAAGGAGAGACAGGCCCUGUUCCUGCACCGUCAGGCUCUCACCGAUCAGCUCAAGGAGACGGAGGACCCAGCUCUGGUUCUCCACCUGACCAGCGUGCUGCUGUUUCAGGCCAGCACCCACUGCAUGCUGCACGCCCCAGGACGCUGCGUGCCUCAGAUCAUCGGCACGCUCACGGGCCGAAUACCUACAGAGCAGCAGCAGCUGCUGUCUGCCUACCAGGGCCUGGUGGUGAAGCAGCUGGUGAGCCAGAGUCAGGGCAAGAAGGAGGAGAAGAAGGAGGAGGAGGAGAAGGAGGAGGCUGAGGGCGAGGCCGGCAAGGCGGAGGAGCAGGACGAGGAGGCCAGGAGCGUCCGCACGCAGCUCAUAGCCCUGACACCUCAGGUGAAGGAGCUGGUGCUGUCCCAGAGGAAGACAUCCGUGAACGAGGACUGAACAUUUCAAACAUUAGAGGAGUGAAUGUUGGAACUGAUCUGUGACUGAUGAUUUUUUUUUCUAUGGUCUUACAUGUUGAGAUAAAAGCAGCUUUUAAGACUGUAUUUUUGUGAUUUAUCCACGUGGACAUAAUUCUAAACUAUUAAAGUAAAUUCCUGUGCGGGAUGUCUCACUGUAAACCCAACUAAACAUGAACAUCCUCAAUGAGGUCCUGAUUUUCAUGCAUUCAUUAAAAGCUCACUUCUUCCUC